AUGUUAUUGUUUGAGCUGUACGGGUAUGAAUCCACAAUCUCCCAACCUCAUGCUUGGAGAACAGCUAAGAACUCGAGUGGCUAUAUGUUGAAGUACAUCAAACCAACAGAUAAGAUUUUAGAUGUGGGUUGUGGACCAGGAAUGAUUACUUAUGAUCUUUCAAAUUAUGUUCCAGAGGGUGAAAUUAUUGGAAUUGAACCAACCAGAGAGCUCAUUGAUGAAGCUUUAAACAAUGAAAAGUCAGAUGCAGUUAAGAAUGUGAAGUUUCAAGUCGCCUCUGUUUUUGAAUUGCCAUUUCCUGACAAUUAUUUUGAUAUCGUUCAUGCUCACCAAGUUAUUAUACAUCUACAGCACCCAAUUGAGGCUUUAAAAGAGAUGAGACGCGUAUUGAGGCCAGAUGGGUAUUUGUGCUUCAAAGACGCCGAAUUGAGGUCAACUAUAUACUACCCGAGAAAAUACGAGGACCCAUUAGGAUAUUACAUGACAAAGAUCAGAACAGAGUUCACAAGCUGCUUUGGUGCUUCACGUUCAAAAGAGUUGACUUUGGAAGCUGGCUUUGAUCCAGAAAAUAUUGUGUUCACUUCUUCCAACUGGACGAUUUCCAGCGAGGAUGAUCGAAGAUGGUUCUCACAGAUGUACAUCAACCGUUUAGAAAGCCUAGAGUUUGGGAAAAGUGACAAGUAUACCAGUGAACAAUUAGAGCUGGCUUGGAAAGAAUGGGCCAGUGAUGAUAAUGCAGUAUGUAUACUUCUACAUGGUGAGAUUGUUGCAAAAAAGUGA